AGAGCGCCAGGUUGCGUGGGCAUCUCAAGUAUCUUGGAGCAUUGCAGAAGCAAGGAACUCCAAAUCGCGUGUUAUUGGAAUUAUUCACUAAAUAUUCCUUGGACUCCAUAUUCGAAGUUGGAUUUGGGGUGAAAUUGAAUAUUUUGGAUGGAUCUAACGAGGAAGCGACUACAUUCGCCAAGGCUUUUGAUGAAGCGAACGCUUUGACAUUUCACCGUUACGUUUACUUAUUCUGGAAGGUCAAGAGAUUUCUUAAUGUUGGUACAGAAGCAACACUCAGGAAAAAUAUUGGAGUGAUUGAUGAGUUCAUCAACAAAAUCAUCAGUUCUAGACGGAAGAAGUACUCGUGCCAUCAAAGUUCAUAUGCAAGCAUCAACCUUUUGGACCUUUCUUUUGGAAGUGUAAGUUUUUAAAUGCGGAGACAUGAUUUGCUGGGUUUUAAAAAUAAUAAUAGGAAGGAAGAUAUUCUGUCAAGGUUCCUUUUGGAAAGUAAGAAGAAUCCGGAGACCAUGAACGAUCGUUACUUGAGGGAUAUCAUUUUGAACUUCAUGUUUGCCGGGAAAGAUACCACUGCGGGCACGCUUUCAUGGUUCACAUAUUUGCUCUGCAAGCAUCCGCUUAUACAAGAGAAGAUUGCACAGGAGGUCAAGGAGACUGUUGGCUCUUGUGAAAAAGGACAGUUUACACAGUUUGUCGAAAAACUUACAGAAGGCGCAUUAGAAAAGCUGCAGUAUCUUCAUGCUGCUUUGAGUGAAACCUUGAGAUUGUAUCCUGCAGUCCCCAUUGAUAGACAGAGUGCAUGCAAGGAUGACAUCCUCCCUGAUGGAUUCAAAGUGAAGAAAGGUGAUGGAGUCAACCAUGUAACUUAUGCGAUGGGCAGGAUGAAGUAUAUCUGGGGCGACGAUGCGGAGGAUUUCAGGCCAGGGAGAUGGCUCCACGAUGGAGUUUUCCGACCAGAAUCCCCUUUCAAAUUUCCAGCAUUCCAUGCUGGUCCACGGACGUGCUUGGGUAAAGAUUUCGCGUAUCGGCAGAUGAAGAUAGUAGCUGCAUUGCUUACCGUUUUCUUUAGAUUCAAUCUAAAGGACCCAUCUAAAGAGGUGACUUACAAAACCAUGCUGACCCUUCACAUUGAUCAGGGCCUUCAUGUCCGCGCAGUUCAUCGGCUUCUUUGAGGCUCAAUAGUCUUAUUCACGGGAGAAUACUAGAGAUAAAAUAUGAAUGUAUGAUCGUAGUGAAACUUUGUUCUUUCCUUGUUUAAAGCAGACUGCUUAAGCUAAGUACUUAAUUGGAUGCAGUACAA